GGUGGUUCUAUUCUUUCAUUAGCAUCCACUAUCAGCUACCGUACUGGGUUUAGCCAGUCCAGCAUCAGACCGGCUAGUACUUCGUCCGACAUCCAGCUACAGUUUGUUGGUUCUAUCCGUUGGCUCAAGUUUUCUUCACAUCUUCUCACCAACCAUGAAGUGUGAAAUUGUUCUUCUGUUUGCAUGUGCAUCCAUCGCACUGGCCGCACCGCAAAGGUCAGACGCUGAAGCAGAAAUCCUCCAGCAAGAAAACAACAUCGAACCGGACGGAAAUUAUCAGUACAGUUACGAAACGGCCAACGGUAUCCGAGGUCAGGAAACGGGAACGCUCAAGCGUGCCAGCAGUCCCGACACGAGUGAUGUAAUUGUGGCGGCCGGUUCUAUCAGCUAUACCGCACCCGAUGGCAGUGUGGUCGAGCUGAGCUACACCGCGGACGAUGAGAAUGGGUUCCAGCCGUCCGGUGCGCACCUUCCCACGCCACCACCGAUUCCGCCCCAGAUCCAGAAGGCGCUCGACUAUCUGGCCAGUCUGCCACCGUCGAACCGGCGGCGCUAAGCGUUCUUCUCAUCAUCUCGAGCAAAACCGGCCAAUACUCAGCGCAAACAAAACACCCCCAAAAAAACCCUUUACAAUUACACUCACAACAUCCAUGAAACACAUUCACACACACACACACACGAAUCAGAUGGCUUCGCGAUUCGUGAUCUUUUCCGAUCGUACUUAGGCUUACGGCAAAUGAGCAUCAAACGCGUAAUAAAGCACGCACAAUGAAAAAAGAAAA